CGCUCUUGACCUCAUUUCGAUUCUGCUUAAUACAUGUCUGUUUAAUUUUAUCUUAUAACAGGCUCUCGUUGCCACUAAUAUCCUCGCAAACAACGCCUGCCCUUGUGGGCGAUCGCCGUCAUCAUGGGUUUCUUCGCCCAAACAUGGACUUUGACCAAGAAGAACCUCUUGAUCGUACUAGGCAGACAUUGGUUCUCCACGACCGUGAGAGCUUUCCUAGCACCCAUUAUAUUCUUCUUCAUUAUUUCAUACUGUAAAAAUUUCUUCGUACCGCCAUCGGACUUUGGUGUUGGGUCUCCUUCAACCCUCAGGACAUUCGAAGAAGCUCUCGGUGCUGGAACAGCCGGACGUACCACUAUAGCUUUUGUCACCAAUGGUCAGCCUGCUACCGAAGUUACCGACAUCAUUGACCAAUUGUCGAAUACUGUCCGGACGCAAGGAAAAACGGCUGUCACACUUUCUAGCGAGGUCGAACUUUUACAAACUUGUAGGAGCUCCGUAAGAGGAGUCUCCGGUUGUUUUGCUGCCAUCAGCUUUCAUGGAUCCCCUAGCAAUGGCGGUGUCUGGAACUACACAAUCCGGACAGACGGAAAUCUUGGUGAAAGAAUCUUCGUCAAUACUGGCAAUAAUGAUGCCGAAAUUUACGCUCUUCCCAUACAACAUGCAGUGGAUGCCUUGAUCGCUACCGGCAAUGGCUCCUCUAUCCCCCUACCUCAGCAAUACCCCUAUACGGAUGCAACUCCCGAGGAACGAGACCGCAACAUUACCCGCCUAUACAUGGGCACGCUUAUCAGUAUCCUCGGACUGGCUUACUUCAUUGGCUUCGUUGGUAUUUGCUACCAAUUGACUGGUCUGAUGGCUACUGAACGUGAGAUUGGCAUGUCUCAGCUCAUCGAGGCUAUGAUGCCUAACAAGCGCAGGUGGCAACCACAGGCCGCUCGACUGCUCUCCAGUCAUCUUGCAUUUGACAUUUUGUAUUUCCCUGGUUGGGUUAUAUCAGCUGCGAUUGUUACUAGACUCAAUUACCCUUCUUCGGACACUGGAAUUCUGAUUGGCUACUUCAUCUUGGCCGGACUGGCCCUAAGUUCAUGGUCUAUCGCUUUUGCUAGUCUCUUCAGAAAGGCUCAGCUCUCGGGUAUCACUGUGACUAUCGUCAGCAUCGUUCUUGCCAUCAUCGUCCAGGUGCAGACACCCGAUUCAACUGGCCCAAUAGUCAUCCUCGCUCUUCUAUUCCCACCCAUGAACUUCACCCUGUUCAUCAUCUACAUGGCAUACUGGCAGCGCGAUAAUUUGGCAGCUGUGCUAUCAGAGGCACCGCCAGGGGCACCAUGGAGAGUGUCUGGCACCGUAUUCUUUGUGCUAUGUGCCAUUCAAAUCGUCGUCUACCCUUUGGUUGGUGCGGUUAUCGAAAGAGCUCUGUACGGCACUGCAUCAAAGGCCAGAAAUAUGCAUCACACUGCGGACAACGAGACUGCUCGUAUCACCCACCUACAGAAGUCUUACCCUCCUAGCUGGCUAUAUCAGAAGCUCUGGUCGAGGUUUAGCAAAAACAAGCGGGAAACAGUUCAUGCUGUCAACGACAUUAACUUCACAAUUCGUGCUGGAGAGAUUCAUGUUCUGCUAGGCGCUAAUGGCUCAGGGAAGUCGACGACCAUGGACAUGUUGGCAGGGCUUCAGUCUCCAACAAGUGGAACCAUUGAUAUCGACGGAACUGGUGGUGUCGGAAUUUGCCCACAAAAAAACGUGUUGUGGGAUGUUCUAACUUGCUCUGAGCACGUAUAUUACUUCCAUCAGCUGAAAGCACAGGGGACCAAGGGCACUUCAGCCGACCAUCGAGAGCUGCUGUCUAAAUGUGACCUCGACCAUAAGAUUUCAGCUCGUUCGGAGACACUUUCUGGUGGACAAAAACGCAAACUUCAGUUGGCUAUGAUGCUUACAGGUGGCAGUAACCUCUGCUUGAUUGAUGAGGUCAGCUCUGGUAUUGAUCCUCUGUCACGUCGCAAAGUCUGGGACAUUCUUCUAGCCGAAAGAGGGCACAGAGCCAUGCUUUUCACGACACAUUUCCUUGAUGAAGGAGAUUUGCUUUCGGACCAUAUCACAAUCCUAUCGAAGGGCACCCUAGCCGCAACAGGUACAGCCGUCGCCUUGAAACAUGAACUUGGUGGUGGAUACCGUGUCAAGAUCUAUACUGAGUAUCAGUUUGACGAACCCAAAGAAUGGUCUUCCAUACCUCGUCGGAACCAUGCAGAUCAUGUCGUUUACAACCUGAACGACUCCAGCGCUGCCGCCACGUUCGUCACCCGUCUGGAACAACUCGGUGUCACGGAUUACCGAGUCAGCGGACCCAGUAUCGAGGAUGUCUUCCUCAAGCUGUCGGCAGAAUUCAACAACGACCAUACUCUCCACGACGAUGCCACGCCAUUGACCAAUGUGACUUCUCUCCAAUCAGAGAAGGGCCUUGAACUAGCCAAGGGAAGGAGAAUCUCGCUCGGCGCGCAGACAUGGGUGCUGUUCCGUAAGCGUCUGACGAUUCUGCGUCGCAACUAUCUGCCUUACCUCGCCGCUGUUCUGAUCCCGAUCAUCGCCGGAGGCCUUGUCACUCUGUUCUUGCAGGGCUUCAGUGAACUUUCAUGCUCACCAGAAGACUCUAGUUCGAGCGAGAACACUGUUUCCUUCGCCAGUCUCAACGAUGUACUUGAUUUCCCUGCCGGACCAGCCUCCCAGGUCCCCAACGCGUUGUUGAAUGCUGUUUACCCUGGACUUGGUAACGCUAUUGCGCCGGUAGCCAGCGCAGAUGCUCUCAACGCAUACGUUCGAUCGAACUAUAGCCGUGUCUUCCCAGGUGGCUACUUUAUCGCCGAGGGAGGUGCCCCUCUCUUUGCUUGGAGGGGUAAUUACGAGCUUACGUACGCUAUCCUGACCCAAAAUAUUAUGGAUAGCAGCCUGCUUGGAUCUCCGAUCAUCACAGCUUACCAGGCGUUCCAAAGACCGUGGGCUCCCUCGGCCGGAGACACCCUCCAGUUCAUCCUCUACUUCGGCCUGGCCAUGUCCGCCUAUCCUGGAUUCUUUGCCUUGUAUCCGACCAGUGAGCGGGUUGCAAAGGUGAGAGCACUGCAUUAUUCGAACGGCAUCAGAGCCCUCCCUCUCUGGCUUGCCUACACCAUCUUCGAUUUCAUGUUCGUGCUGCUCGUUAGUGUGGUCGCCAUUGUCAUCUUUACGGGAGUCUCUAGUGCUCUUUACGCACCCGGUUACCUCUUCGUCGUCUUUUUCCUCUAUGGUCUCUCAGCUCUGCUCUGCUCCUAUGUGGUAUCGUUGUUUGUCACGAGUCAAUUGGCUUCCUUCGCCUUUGCCGCGGGUAUGCAAUGUUGUUUCUUCUUGAUCUACUUCCUUGCGUACAUGGCUAUCAUCACCUACGCACCUACGGAGUCGAUUGAUAGCUAUGUCAACUACGCCCACUUCACGAUCGGUCUUGUCACGCCAUCAGGCAACCUUUUGCGGUCACUCCUGCUGACGUUCAAUGAAUUUUCGCUCCUCUGUCGCGGUAAUGAGAGAGCUUCAUACCCCGGAGAUAUAACUGUCUAUGGUGGCCCCAUACUGUACAUGACGGUUCAAGCUUUGCUCCUAUUGGCAUUCCUGGUCUAUUACGAUAGUGGAUAUAGGUUUGCCUUCCUCAGCAGAAAAAGCCGCUCCCAGGAUGCCGAAGAAAGCGAGUACCCUGACGAGGACGUCUAUCACGAGGCACAGCGGGUCAAUGACUGCAAGGACGAGCUGCGCGUCUCCCACAUCAGCAAAACAUACGGAACCAAUCUUGCUGUGGAUCGUGUGGCAUUUGGCGUGCCCCGUGGUGAGAUCUUUGCAUUACUCGGCCCCAACGGCGCCGGAAAGUCGACAACGAUAUCAGUCAUACGAGGAGACGUCCAUCCAAGCGGCGGUGACGUCCUGCUUGAGAACGAGUCUAUUGUCAAGCAGCGUGCUGCAGCGCGUUUGCACCAAGGUGUAUGCCCGCAGUUUGACGCCAUGGACGCAAUGACAGCUUCUGAGCAUUUGUACUUCUAUGCCAGAGCUCGCGGUGUUACUGAUAUCGAACACAAUGUCGAACAAGUCAUGAACGCCGUUGGACUCAGUGCCUUCCGCAAUCGUAUGGCUUCCAAACUCUCUGGUGGUAACAAGCGCAAGCUCAGUCUUGGCAUCGCUCUCAUCGGAAAUCCUUCAGUUCUUCUGGUCGACGAAGGCAGUUCGGGCAUGGACGCUGGUGCAAAGCGCAUCAUGUGGAGGACUCUCGCCGCAGUCUCUUCUGGUCGCAGUUUAGUCUUGACUACUCACAGUUUGGAAGAAGCAGAUGCACUUGGUGAUCGCGUGGGCAUCAUGGCCAGACGUAUGCUCGCAAUCGGCACCAGCGACUCUCUGCGUCGCAAGCACGGCGAUGCCUACUAUAUUCAUCUCGUCCACAAAGACGCACCACAUACCUCUGAUGCCAAACUUGCGGAGAUUACAAGUUGGAUCAAGCUCAACUUCCCCACUGCAAGUAUCGAGGAUCGUUCCUUCCAUGGUCAGAUCCGCUUUGAAGUGCCAAAUCGACCAGGAUCAAGCAUGGACGACUCGAGUAUUUCAGUUGAUGACAAGAAGGGCGCUAAAGCUACUGUCGCCCCAACUGAACGUACUGGAAUCAGCUCGCUGUUUGAGAAAUUGGAGGCUAGUAAGGAGGAGCUUGGUAUGGAGUUCUAUGCUGUCAGUCAGGCGACACUUGAUCAGGUGUUCCUCUCCAUUGUCGGCAAGCACAAUGUUCAGGAGGAGGACUACCAGAAGGCCAGGAUGGCAACGGGAGCCUGGGGAAAGACGAAGGCAUGGUUACAGAAGGUCGCCCAUGAUGCUUAGAUACCCUUUUUGGAAUUUAUCCAUCAUCUAGAUCGUAUAUACAGUUGCUAUUGAUCCUUAAUUUUGCAUCUCAC